GUCUGCGUUGAGGCCCUACUGACAGUAGCCCUCUUUCUAUCAAAGAGAGUCAGGUGCUUGGGGAUUCUCUUUGUGAUAUCCAUUUUCAUGAAAAAGAGUCGCAACCUGCUCCUGACCGCUGGGACCAGUUUAGUGGUUCUGAGAAAUAUCCGCAACACCUUGGAAAACACCACAGGCCUGGUCCGGAGCAUGAUCUGCAACCUGAAGGCCAAGAAAGCAGCCAUCGCCGCUCCGUUCAGCAGCUACGUGGAGGUGCUGAAGUGGCUCGGCGACGUGCUCAGGGGGGUCACGGACUUGGGGGUGGUGAACCUCGACUCCCGCCUCAAGGUGUCCCCCAGACUGGAAUCCGACAAAUUCCGGUGGAAACUGAGCGAAGCGGAGCAGAAGCUGAAUGACACUGUGAGGUAUGCGCGGUCCCUGCUGAACGCCAUCUCCUCCGUGACCGAUAAGAUGUUCCCCGCCCUGAGCUUCCUGGUCCUCGUGCUGUUCAUCGCGCUGCACGUCAAAAAGUACCGCGGCGACGCAAAGUACAAAAACCGCUUCGUGAGCGGCAGGUUCGUUGGUUUCGACGAGAAGCGCAAGAUGGAGGGAAAGCCCCACGUGCUGCCCCUCACGCCGGAGGAGGAGAAGAUGUACACGGCGGUCCCCUCGGCCCGACCUACCGCAGCAGAGGGCAGAGCCAUGCUCAAGUUUGGCGUUCCAGUUGUUACCCAUUUGCUGGCUUGGGUCCUAUUCAUUACUAUGGAUGCCUUGUUGUACUGCUUCGUUGAUAUUGUAACAAGGAGGCUAUCAGAGCUGGAACCUUUCCAUGUCCCCUUGUUAAUGAGCCUCAAAGGAAUUGCGACGUUAAUGGGCAUCCCGCUUGGCGAGGAAAUCCAUCAGAAAGACUUCUCCUACACUGUGACUCUGUUUGAGAAGAAAUGUCUCCCUAAGCCCAAGCUGCUGCUCUACAAGUCCGUAGUCCCUCUGGCGGCCAUCCUGCUCGCCUUGUUCAUCAUGGCUCUGAUGGCUGCCAAAGUGGCCCAGCUCAGGCUGAUGGUCUGCGAGCGAUUCUUCCCCGGCGCCGCGGAGGAGAGGGUGAAGUACCUCCACGCCAAAAUCCUGAGGAAGAGAAGCAAGAAGAGGGAGGGGCGAGACGCCUGCAGCCUCACAUCCCUCUAUUUGAAGGUAUUGAUUAUUUCUACAGUGGGUUGAGUUCUUACAUGUCUUUGCGUAAGGCUUAAGGUGGUUUGUCGUCUCCUUUCAGCCACAUUUCUGGUGCCCGCUGCUCUUCAGGCCCAAAAGGGAUCCGCCAAGCGUCGUGUAAGGGAAGCUAUUCGUUUAGCCGUUUAUUUUUCUAUUCUCUGAUAAAACAGAAGAAGGAGGUCCCCUAGUGAGGACAACUUUGAACAAGGGAUUCCUCAUCCUCGAUGAUCUUGUUGUUCAAGCAUACUUUUUCCAAAUCAGGGGACCUUUGGGACUGAACCCUACCAGUUUAGACCCACUGGUCAAACAUCAGCGGGACUUCAGCUACUGCAGCCAGGGCCGGAGACCCUUUCACAUUGCAACACUGUGCUGCACCAUUUGUAGAUCUGAUCAAAGCUUUUUAAUAUUGUUUAAAACAGUAUAAUAUUCAGCUAAAUAAGCUGCUUUC